AUGGCGGAUACUGUUGGGCCUAUUUCCAACGUAAUCGCGGUCGCUGAUCUCUUCAUCAAAGUCGGCGUGCAGUGCUCUGUAUACUGCUCAGGCCUCAAAACCGCCCCUCGCGAUGUUCGAUUGAUCUUGAACGAGGCCGACAGAUUCACGGCAACGCUCAAGGGUUUGGAGAAACUGCUUGUUAACAAUUCCCAGAGCAAGAAGCUUUCAUCUUUGCAGAAUAUUCUCGGCAUAGUGGAAGAGUCUCGCCUGCAACUUCAAGAUCUGGCCGCUAAACUCGAGCGAGGGACCAAACUGCAGAAGAUAAUGUGGCCGCUGAAGAAAGAAGAAGUUGCCAGGAUAAUCAGCCGGUUGGAGAAAUAUAGAGCCGCAAUUGCCUUGGAUUUACAGGUGGAUCAGACCGCAUUGCUACUCAAUGUUCACCAAGAGGCCGUAUUGGCAAAGCUCAAAUCUGCCAAAGGCGCAGCAUUCGAUUCUCCCGGUCACGUUAACAGCUCCAGAUGCUAUCCCGGGACAAGGAAAGGCAUUCUGGAACAUAUCCAAACCUGGAGCACAAACCAAGACGGCCAGUGCAUCUUCUGGCUGAAUGGCGGAGCUGGUACCGGCAAGUCGACGAUAUCUCGAACCGUAGCGCAAUCAUUUGCGGAUAAAGGAAUGCUCGGUGCUAGCUUUUUCUUUAAGCGUGGAGAGGCUGACCGUGGCAGUAUGGCUCUUUUUUUCCCCACGAUAGCAUCUCAGCUUGUCCAAACGUUUCCUCAGCUUGCGCCACACAUCCGAGCAGCAAUCGAGACCGAUCUUACUAUCUAUGAUAGGUCAAUUAAGGAGCAGUUCGACAAACUUGUUGCAGAGCCCAUUAAGACACUAUCAGAGGUUUCCCAAUUGCCGACGAUAGUCGUUGUCGCCGACGCGCUUGAUGAGUGCGAAAACGUCGAGCAUGUGAGAUUGGUCAUCCACCUCCUCUCACAGGUGAAUCAUUCCGCAUCUGUUUGCUUAAAGUUUUUCGUUACCAGUCGACCAGAGCUUGCUAUCCGACUCGGGUUUAAGAAUAUUGAUGGCCAUUAUGAAGAUCUAGUCCUUCAUCGAGUGCCUUCAAUUAUUGUCGAGCACGACAUUGAUUUGUUCUUGCGACAUGAAUUCAAUUCCAUUCUUCAGGACUUCAACAAGUCUGUGUCUUCAAGCAGGCAGCUGCCUCUGUCAUGGCCCGGUGUCGAGAAAUUCCAACAGUUGGUUUCCAUGUCUGUGCCUUUAUUCAUCUUCGCUGCAACCGCUUGUCGUUUUGUUCGGGACCGACGAAUUGGUGGACCCGAGGAGCAGCUGAGCAAGAUCUUGGAGCAGCAAACGACUUUUGGAUUAACGUCUCGCCUGGACGCGACAUACUUACCAAUAGUCAAUGGACUGGUGGCCGGGCUCUCAAAUGUUGAAAAGCGUCACGUUUGCGAGCGGUUCAAGCACAUCAUCGGUUCUAUAGUCACUUUGGCAAGCCCACUUUGCGUAGCCUCUCUCGCCUGCCUCUUGAAUAUACCUCUACACGUUAUUGAAGAUCGGCUAGAUUUACUGCAUUCUGUCUUACACAUUCCUCCCGAUCCGCAGAAUCCCGUGCGUCUACUUCAUCUGUCUUUCCGCGAUUUUCUUGUGGACCCGGAAAAAGCCAAUUUGGAAGAAAGGUAUCCGUUCUGGGUUGACGAGAAAAAGGCCCACGAAAUGCUGGCAAUACAUUGCUUGGAACUGCUAUUGACAGAGGGCACUCUUAAGAGAAAUAUUUGUUCCCUAAAACUGCCAAGCACCCCUCGAUCUGAGAUUGACCAACGAACUAUCGAUGCCGCUUUAAAAUCUGAAGUUCAAUAUGCUUGCCUAUACUGGGUCGCCCACUGGAAAGAGAGUAAGCGCAGCGUUGAAGAUGGCGGGCUUGUCGACCACUUUUUGGAUAGCCACUUGUUGCAUUGGCUCGAAGUUCUCGGGUUGAUCGGACGUAUUUCGGAUUGUAUUGGAAUGAUAAACGACCUGUUGAGUUUGCUCCAUCCGGGAAAGAGUGUCCUCACCUCAGCUCUCCUCCGAGAUGUUCGACGAAUCGUCCUCAGCAAUCGGGCAAUCAUAGACAUUUCGCCUCUUCAGGUUUACAACGCGGCCAUUGUGUUCGCACCGGAAAAAAGCAUCGUCAAAAUGAAGUUUCGGAGCGAACUACCUGUUUGGCUAAAUGUAUCGCCACCAGUCGCUUCUGAGUGGGACCCAUGUUUACAAAUACUCGAGGGACACAGUUGCGGUGUGUAUUCGCUUGCAUUUUCGCAUGAUUCGAAAUUGCUAGCAUCGGCAUCUUGGGACCAGACGAUCAAGAUCUGGGAUGUUGCAACCGGUAUCUGUAUCUCAACGCUCAAAGUACAACACUCAAGAGGUUAUGUGGAUGCGUUCUCGCCUGAGGUUGUUUCAAGCUUGUAUAACGAAAUACAUCUAUGGGAUGCUGUAACUGGAACAUGCACUUCAAUUUUCAAACACAGCGAUGAUAUCAUCCUUGGCGGCGUCUCUACCGCUUUCUCACAUGAUUCUAGGAUAUUAGCAUCAGGGUCCCGAAAGUGCAUCAAACUCUGGGAUGUAACAAGCGGCAUGAGUAUUUCAACUCUCAGCCUCGACGGCGACGUAUCCUGUUUGGUCGCUUUCUCACAUGAUUCUUCAAUGCUGGUAUCAUUCUCAUAUGACUCUACAAUCAAGCUAUGGAAUACUGCUACCGGUGCUUGUAAAAGCACGAUCAAAGUCAACAACGAGGCUGUUCAAUUAGCCGCCUUCUCUCAAGAUUCCAGGAUACUUGCAUUGGUAUCACGCCCACGAAUUAGGCUAUGGAAUACCGUCAACGGAAAAUGUAUAGCAAUCUUAGAAGGUCAAAGGGAGAAAGUUUUUUCUCUCUGCUUUUCACACGAUUCUAGCAUGCUCGCAUCAGCAUGUAGUAAGGGCGAUGACACAACAUGGCAUAUUGCGAGCGAUAUCAAAAUAUGGGAUGUCGCGACGAGCAGAAAUAUAGCAACAUUUAAAGGUCACAGCAAGAAGAUUUUCUCACUCCAAUUCUCGCACGAUUCCAAGCUACUUGCAUCGGCGUCAUAUGAUUCUACUAUCCAAAUAUGGGAUCGUGACAUCGAUGUCGACCAAGUACCACUAUCUGCCAUGGAUAAAUACUCUAUCACUGAGAUACAGCUCAUGAAGGGGACGAAGACACUGAUUUCAAGAUCAUUAGGAAAAGAAACCCAGCUGUGGGAUGUACCAACGGCUUCCUGCACAGCAACGCUUCCUGAAUGUUGGGACUUAAUUGCAGUUGCAGACAAUACCGAGUUGCUCGCAACAACUUCAACCUCAAAUAGUCAUAUUCAGUUUUGGGACAUCGGGACCGACGCUAAUAUAACUACAGUAAAGGGCUUCAACAGCUCAAUUUCCCGAACCGAUCCAAAUUUUGAUUUCGAAAUAAUGAUCGCUCAAAUUGAUGGCCAUCACUUGGAUAAUUACUUCGCGAUUACCGCAAUCACAUUUUCUCAUAACUCUCAGCUGCUUGCAUCAGCAUCGGCAGCGGAUGGAAUCAUCAAAGUAUGGGACGUCAGCUCAAGUGCCUGCAUAGCUACACUCACCGGGCAUUGCAAAUGGGUCAAACAACUUGCAAUUCUGCCACAUUCAGACGUACUUGUAUCAUCUUCCAGUGAUGGAACAGUUAGAAUCUGGGAUAUUCGCACCGGCACCUGUACCGCAAUGUUUGAAGGGCAGAGUGGCCCCGAUAACAAAUCAAUUGCAUUCUCUCGCGACUACAGUUUGCUAGCAUCAGGGUUAAAAGACGGAAGUAUCGACGUUUGGGAUCUCUCUACAGGAAAAUGCCAAAUAAAGCUUCUGGGAGCAGGCCAAGGCCCGGUACAUACAGUCGCCUUUUCUCAUAGCUCUGCACUGCUGGUAUCAGUAGCACCGCGGCCCCGUAACCAAGACCACGAGUAUAUACCAUAUCGAUUUCUCAAAUUCUGGGACAUCCCAACCAGCUUAUGUCUAGCUACGAUCGAUGUCAGUUAUCUCGCUACGGAGUCUAUGUCUUUCUAUGAAGUUGGAUCUUGUGUCAUUACAAGCGUGGGCGAGUUUACAUUGAAGGGAACCGUGCUCUCAGAUGAUUCAAGAAGAGAAUCGCAGUCUCUGCCUGUCGGCGACGCUUCUAUUCUCCGCCGGGGUAUUGGCCUUAGCGAGGAUUCAGAGUGGGUUAUGUGGAAUGACGAUAGAAUGAUAUGGCUCCCGCCAGCAUAUCGACCACGUCACGUCGCUGCGAUAGAAUCAACAUUAGCUAUCGCAUGCUCACAACCAUAUGUGGUUUUUAUGACAAUUUCGCCCAGCGCAUUCUCAAAUGGCGAAACUUCGUCGAUCCCAUAG